GAAUCCAGAAGAACAAGAAGGAGGAGGAGGAAGAAAAAGUUUAAAAAGGGUGUGUUGCUGCUCCUGGAGUGACUGAGCCAACUACAGGACACAGUUUCACAUGUUCAGAGUUGCCUUUGGAUGAGAAUCAAACCAGCUUCACUACAUUGUUCAGUCUGAUCAGAUGCUUGUGAAGAUGCAGAGCAGCAGCACCAGCAGCAGUGGGACUGAUUUUCAGCAGCUGAGGGAAAGGUGGACCACCCUGUUGAACCGCAUUUAUGAAGACCCCAGGGUAGCACAGCUGAUGAAUACAAGAAUCGGCCAGUACCUCAGCAGCCACCCUUUCAUAGCUCUGACAGUGUUACUGUUCAGCGCCAUGGCUGCACUGCCUGUCGGGCUCUUUAUCACUUUUGCUCUUGUGACCCUUAUUAUGUCAGGACUGGGUUUUGUUUUCUUUGAGGUGUUCCUGUUGUCUGUAGGAGGCAUGACUCUGCUGUGUGUGCUCUCCGGCAUCGCUAUCUUCUCCUUCAUGGUUUCACUCAUCUUGGAGGCAUUACAUAUCACCAUCUCCAAAAUCCUCAAACUCUAUUACCCGCAUCUGACGAAGCGAGGUCAAGUCCAGGAAAAGGAGAGUGAGGGUGAAACUUCAAAACCAAAGGAAAUGGAGUAGCUUCAAAUCUUCUUCUCUCCCGUUUGUCAGCUUUCAUGUGGAGAAGCUCAAAUUCCUUUUAAAAAGCAUUACUGAUGCUUGAUGGUGGGAUUUAGAGGCCCUUGAGCAUACUGCAUGGUCCUUUGAGUCUGGGAUCUGCAAAUGUAACAGAUGCGCUAAGCACAAAUACUCCUUGAUUGUUGCUGUUUGUCUAAAGCUUAAAUAUUGGUACUGAAUAUUUUUUUGUUAUUAUCAAUAUAUAUGGUGCAAUACGGUUGAAAUGUCUAUAACUGCCAAAGAAAGGUUUAAUGUUUAUGUUUGCUUUAACCUUUAAAAGAGCACAAUGUUGAAUAAAUGCACGUCAGAGUUAAUGUUUGUACUGUUCUUCUGAUGGAGAAAUGUCUUGGCUUUAAAAUAAAAACUGAUCUGAUCAAACAA